AGUCCCAGGGGCAGGAGAAUCCAGGUUAGGAUCACUUGGACACAGACCCGCAGGGUUUAGGGGCUCACCUAGAACAGCCCCCUUUUCUCCACUCCUCUCUAGCACCACUUGCUCCCCCACCAACCCCCGUUUUCUGUCUUUAGCCCCUCCUUUCCCCUGGGGGCCUGGGCUGCCUGUAGGAGCCAGGAGUCGACUCUUCAUACUUUUUACAGCCCCAAACUUAUCUCCAACCUCAGACCCCACCCAAGCCAUCACCUUGAGCCACUCAGGCCCAACAGUCAGUCCCACCACCAGCCUCUGCACCAACGCGCACCUGAGCCCCAGCCCGAAGGGCAGCCCCAACCCAGCCCCAGGUCUAGAUCCAGUCUUGGACAGUCAUGGCAAAGGAGUUUCAAGACCUCCAGCAGCUGGACUCUGAGGAUAGCGACCAUCAGCUCGGAGGUGAGGGGUCAGGCUCUCGAGGGCAGAACCCCAGGAGAGAAGAUCCAUUUUGGAAAGGGCUGCCUCCUCCCCAGACCCUUGGGCAGCGCCUCUGCUCCAGUCUCCGCCUCAGUCUGCUUGCCCUGGCCUUCAACGUCCUGCUGCUGGUGGCGGUCUGUGUGAUUGGGUUCCAAAGUGCACAGCUGCAGGCAGAGCUGCGGACCCUGAAAGAAACUUUCAGCAAUUUCUCCUCCAGCACCCUGGCGGAGUUCCGGGCUCUGGACGCCCAUGGGGGCAGUGUAGGUGACAAGAUGACAUCUAUAGAAGCCAAGCUGGAGAAACAGCAGCAGGACCUGAAAGCAGUAUGUCUGCCCCACUCAGAUCACAGCACCUUGCUCCUUCAUCUGAAGCACUUCCCAUUGGAUCUGCGUGUCCUGGCCUGUCAGAUGGUCUUCUUCAAGAGCAAUGGCACAGAGUGCUGCCCCGUUAACUGGCUGGAGCACGAGGGCAGCUGCUACUGGUUCUCGAGCACAGGGAAGACCUGGUCGGAGGCGGAGAAGUACUGCCAGCUGGAGAACUCGCACCUGGUGGUCAUCGGCUCCUGGGAGGAGCAGACGUUCAUUGCACAACACACGAACCCCUUUCAUGCCUGGAUAGGUCUCACCGACAGCGAUGGCUCCUGGAAAUGGGUGGAUGGUACAGACUAUGAGCACAACUACAAGAACUGGGCUGUCACUCAACCAGACAACUGGCACGGACACGAGUUGGGUGGAAGUGAAGACUGUGUGGAGGUCGGGCCCGGUGGCCGCUGGAAUGACAACUUCUGUCGCCAGGUGCACCGCUGGGUGUGUGAGAUGAGGCAGAACGUCACCGGCUAGGAGCCUUGACCCCAGCACCUUUCUGUCCAACCUGCACCCCAUCCCCUGCCCCAUGCCCAGCGUCUCUACUGGCCGUUUUAAGAAAGGAAGAAAGAUAGAAGGCUGUGGGAGGGGCUAGAGAAAGACAGACAGGGGCGUGAUUUAAGUCUCAGGUCCUGGGGAGACUGAAAUCCCGCCUCUUCCUAUGAUUCUUUGUAAUAUGAUUUUCACCCUCUUCGAUAGAGUAGGAAAAGAAGAAACAUCAACUUGAAACUCA